AUGAGAGGAGUUCAGAGAGGCCAUGGAGAAAGACUUCCACAUGACUUCGAGGUGAUUCUGUCCACUAUCCGGCGUCUCAAGAUAGUGGACCAGUGGAUAGUCCCAAGUCAAGGUGAAGCUGUCAGACGGACAUCUUGCUGGCUUCUUGGUGAUGUCAUGUGUUUACUGUACAUACAUAUUGUCAGUAUGAUUUCCUGUGCCUCAGUUGGAAAUAUUGUACUCAUUUCUCUGGACCGCUAUGUGGCUAUAUGUUACCCUCUGCAUUAUCACAGGAGAAUCACUGUGACAAGAAUACGACUGUGUAUCAUUAUGGUCAUCAUAGUUCUCUACACCAGAGUGUUUGUAGUGGCCAUUUUUCAGGCCCGAGCCAUCCGCUCCUCUGUUACAGCGGUGUCCCUGCAGCGUUCAACAACAGUAGGAAAAUCUGAGCUGAAAGCAGCCAGGACUCUUGGUAUUUUAGUUGUUGUGUUUCUAAUAUGUUUCUGUCCAUUUCACUGUGCUGCUCUAGGAGGUGAUGUAUCGUUUAACACGUCUGUUGCUGUGCUGUGUCUUUCCUGCAUUAGCUCUUGUCUUAACCCUUUAAUCUAUGCCAUGUUUUAUCCCUGGUUUAGAAAAUCGAUUAAACACAUUGUGACACUGAAGAUAUUCCAGUCUGGCUCCAGUAAGGCUAACAUAAUGUAGACAAAUAUAAAACUAUGAGGAAGUAAAUAAACCCUUUUUGACUUUUUCACACAACCUCUAAACUCUGUUCAUUUUCUGUAGGUUAACAGAUGUACUUCAUUUGCUACAUGAUCUCAAAACAUGAGAAAUACAUGUUCACUUCUCAUUGUUUGUAAUGCUGGUUUUAUAUAAAUGUUUCUAAAAUAAAUUGCACCAUGUUUGUAUUUUUAACA